AUGCCAACAUCAUGCUUACUAGUUGGGUCUAACCCAAAUGUUGCAUUUUACGCUUGGAGAUUUUAUCAAUCAAAUUCAGUUGCCGUGUCAAUAGUGAAUUCAAGUAUUGAUUCUAAAUCCCCUAUUACAUGGAAAUCAUCUCAGCUUGGAACGUCUCAAUAUAGACCUGAUAACUCAUAUUCUUCAUUCAAACAAAUCCCUACCACAGAGAAAUUUGAUAUUAUUAUCCUUAGUUGCAGUUCUUUACAAGAUUUUCAAAGCAUAUGUCAAGGGUUAACACAUUUGCUUAAUCAAGAUUCUAUAAUAUUAGUGGAGCUGACAGGCUACAUCAAAUUGGAACCAUAUGUAUCGACCAAUUUCCCCAAUAACCCGUCCCUUGCUGUGGGGUCCAUUAUGAAUGAAAGUGAUGUUAGAAUGGUAUCGCGCAACGAAUAUUACCACCAAAUUAGAAAUAAAGAUUCACGAAUUUAUCUUGGUUGUACUUCCUCCGAUUCAGCAUCAUCCAAUAUAGCUAAUAAUAAAGGGUUCCAAAAAGUUUAUAAAUUGUUACAAACCGUACAAGAAGAAUCGCAUGGUUCUAUUACAUUGUUGAAAUCUGUAAACCCAACUGAGUUCACCACUUACCAAUGGAAAUUAGCAUUACCCCGUGUUAUUUUCAGUCCGAUCAUGACAUUAUUUGAACUUACAUUUCCUGAAGCAUUGGAAAAACAUAUAUUGUCGAAACCAUUGAUUACAGGGUUGAUAAACGAGUUAUUUAAACUCAUUAAAAAAAUGGGUUGCAAAUUGGUCAAAGGGUUUGAGAAUGAAAAAAAUUUAUUAAACUAUUGGGAGAGUGUUUUCCCACAAACGAAGCAAAAUGAGAAUUAUAUCAAUUCGCCUAAUUUCUUUUAUAAUUUCCACAAACAAUAUGAUUUGGAACUCGAUUUAUUAUUGUUGCAACCAAUUUUAUUGAGUGAUGAUAGUGGUGUGAGAACUCCUUAUUUGGAAAAUAUUUACUCGACGAUGAGUCAAUUUCAAAAAAUGAAUUCACCUACUGGAUCUUUGUUUUUCGAACGAAAAUCCGGCUCCAAAAAUACGUCUGCCAGUAAUGGUGCUUCAUCUAAGCAAUUGGAUGACGACAUUCAAAGAAAGGUACAACAACAGAAGAAAUUAGAUCUAGCAAUAAAAGAUCUUGAUAUUGCCAAGAUCAGUUUAGAUAACGAUAUGAUCAAGCAAGAAAUGAAUUUGAAAAGCAUCCAACAAAAAAUUGUCGAUGCUGAAUCCAAAUUAUCAAACUUGCAAUAUGAUCAAGACAGGAAAACCAAAUCCAUUCAAUAUGAGAAUGAUGAAAAAAUUAAACGACUUAUUGAUGACCACGAACGUAAAUACAAAUCAUUAGAUGAACAACAUCAACAGAAAAUUAAAAGCUUAGAACAGGAACACAUGUCAUUAGAAGCCAAAUAUAAACAAAAAAUUAAAGAAUUAGAAGAGAGAUACAAUAGAAAGAAUCAAUCUGUCGCAGUAAACAACACAUCACCAGUAUCAAUACCGGCACAACAACCAACACCAGUACAAGAUAAUAUUGUAUCUGGUACCAAAAAUGUUAACCGUGAUUCAGUGAUGACUCUGGAUGGUUUCCAAGAUUAUAAACAUUUGGUGGAAUGCGAAGGAGCCAUUGGUCCAAAUACUCCCGUUAUCCAACAAAAACCACAGAAUUCUCCCGUAACACAUGUACAACGAAAUGGCAGUGAUAAUUUUGUUGAUGCUAAUAAUGGUGAGGCACAAUCAUAUAGACCAAGCCAAGGUGACAGAGAGAGUCAAGCACAAUCACAACCACAACAACGACACCAGCCACAACAAUAUCAUUCAUACAACAAUGGAUCUCAAUCUAAUGGCUAUGCUUCUUCCGAACAACAAUACUAUGACCAAAACCAAAACCAACAACAUCAACACCAACACCAACCACCACCACAGCAACAAUAUAGAAAUGGUCCACCACCAAUGCCACAAUAUUAUAACAACAACAACAACAACAACAACAAUGGAACAAUUCCACCACCACAGCAACAAUAUUAUCAAAAUAAUAACCAACCAAACUCAAGACCUCUGUACAAUCAAGGUAAUGGAAAUAUGUAUGUGAACGACCAAGCUCCACCUCAUGAAUUACCAAAUGGUGGAAUGGCACAAGGUAAUUUCCCAUCAAACUUGAGAUCUAACGGAUCAAUGCCAGGACCUAAUAAGUAUCAACAGUAUCCAUCUAUGCAUUCAAAUCCUCCACAUCAAAAUAUGCAACAAAAAAGAUUGGAUUCUUUAACAGGAUCUAUUAGUUCAUACUAUGAUUAUCAACAACAACAACAACAACAAUCACAAGCACCCCCACCACAACCACAUCAACAUCAUAGCUUUAAUAAUGCUGCACCAAUUGAUCCAUUCCUUGAACAACGAUUCAAAACUAACCCCAAAAAAUCAAACCGUCGUUCUCAAAUGCCUCUUGCUGGUAAUAUAGAUGGGUUAGAUAUGGGUGGUAGAGGUGGUAUGCCAUUACCAGGAACCAAUCGUAAAUCCAUGAAUGUGAUUAACAAUUAUGGAAAUGGUAAUGGUAUUGCUCCAGCAUCUAGACGUGCUAGUUCCGGUGGUCCCCUCAUGUUAAACGGAAAUGGUAGUCAACAAGCACCCCAGCAACAACAACAACAACAUUUAGGGCCACAUACUCUGCAACAUGGAAAUUAUUUGAGGCCACCAAGUAUGAAUGAUUCACAAACUUCUUCAUCGUCGGCAAAUUCAAAUGAUACACCCAAGACUCAAAAUGAUAAUAUGCAAUUGAACGUUCCUACUAUGGAUUCAAUGAAUGCUAAGCCAUUAGGGGGAAUUGCUUCAGGUGGUAACAACAGCAAUAAUCACGUCAAUGAAAAGAAGAAAAAGGGAAUUUUUGGUAAAAAAAAGUAA